UACAAGAAAAUGACAACAAAACACAAAAAUUAUGAUUUUAAAAGUAAAACAAAUUGUAAAAACUACGGCAGCGGUAUCUUUGUACGCUUCUUCUCUUUUUGUUGUUGACAAGAAAUAAUUAAGUUUUUGCUGACGUUUUCGUUUAAUGUUUAUCGAACCAAAACCAAAAUUUAUCAUAACGUCCAUCAAUUAAAUGAUUAUUAAAGUACGUGUAAGUUUGUGCAAACAUUUUUCUGGAAGAUAUUGCCGGAACAAGUUUCAACGUGUGGGUGUUAAUGUUGUGGUCAAAAAGUGAAAGUUUUCUCUCUGUUACUGAUAUUUCAAUGUAAAGUUCAUUGGGUCAUUGGCAGCAUUUCGUGGCUUUGCUCUACAAAAAACAGCUGGUAGUCGUCUUUCAACCUUGAAUUUUUCAAGAUGUUGGCUAAUUCGGGUUAUGUGAUGACAUUAGCCAACAGUAUUAUUGGCGUUGGUAUACUUGCAAUGCCAUUUUGUUUUCAAAAGUGUGGCAUUAUUUUAGCAAUACUUCUACUCAUAUUAAGUAAUUGGAUAACAAGAGUUUGUUGUCACUAUCUCAUCAAAACAUCACUGUUAACACGAAGAAAAAGUUUUGAAUUUCUGGGUUUCCAUGCCUUCGGUACAUCUGGUAAACUAUUAGUGGAAUUGUGUAUUAUUGGUUAUCUCUUAGGAUCAUGUAUUACAUAUUUUGUUGUUGUUGGUGACUUGGGACCUCAAAUCGUCACCAAAAUGUUCUCUCUGGAAAAUGAACAUCGUCAUUUGCGUACACUUUUGAUGUGUGGUGUAACACUCUUCUGUAUAAUACCAUUGGGUAUGCUUAAAAAUGUCGAUAGUUUAUCGACGGUGUGUACAGCAUCUAUAGGUUUUUAUGUUUGUUUGGUAAUAAAAAUCAUAUUGGAAUCUGAAAAGCAUAUAAUCGAUAAUGAUUGGACAGAGAAAGUGGUAUAUUGGCAACCGGGUGGUGUGUUGCAGUGUUUACCUAUAUUCAGUAUGGCUUUAUCGUGUCAAAUGCAAAUCUUUGAGGUAUUUACCAGUAUAAAUAAUCAAAGUUUGGAAAAAUUAAAUGGUAUUGUUCGCAAUGCCACAUGGAUAUGUACUCUAGUUUAUAUAGCUGUUGGUUUCUUUGGCUAUGUGGCAUUUUGUACACAAACUUUUUCGGGCAAUAUUUUAAUGAACUUAUCUGCAUCAUUUAGUAGUGAUGUAAUAAAAAUCGGUUUCGUUUUAUCCGUAGCUUUUAGUUUUCCUCUAGUUAUAUUUCCCUGUCGUGCCAGUUUGUAUUCUUUGCUAUAUAGAAAGGGACAUACUGAUGCUUCUGGUUAUAUACCAGAAACUAGAUUUAAAGCUAUUACUAUAUUUAUUGUGACCUUUUCAUUAUGCAUUGCUUUAAUGAUACCUUCCGUUGAAUUGGUCAUUGGUCUAGUGGGCUCUACUAUCGGUGUAGCUAUAUGCAUUAUGUUUCCGGCCGCAUGUUUUAGAAAGAUUAUCAAAAAAGAUACCACCGAAAGAAAUUUAGCCCAAUUUAUAGUCAUAAGUGGUUUCUGUCUCAUGAUAUUGGGUACAUAUGCCAAUCUUUCAGCGAUUGAUGAAAAAAGUUCAGGAUCUCACUUGGAAAUAGCGAAAAUUGAGGAUGAUUUCCUCAAACCCACGGAAUUGGCUAAAGAGUCUAUAGAUGAGAAAAUUAAAAAUAUCGAAAAAGCUUUAGAGGAAAGAGAAAAGAAAGAGGAAAGUGAAAAAAUCGUAAAUAAGUUGAAAGAAAAAGAACAAAAGGAUAUUGUUAAUCAAUCAAACAUUAUUACACAAGUAAAACCUUCACCUCCACCUCUGCCAGUAGAUGAAUCACAUUCUAUUAUUGAAACAAAAGAUAAAGUAGAAGAAAAGCCACUAAAUAAAGAAACAGAGAAUAAAUUACCAGUUGUUUUACCUCAAGUUAUGACUGAGGAAAAGCAAUCAACAAAUAAUUUAACUGAAUUCAAAGAUGUUCCAAAUAAACCUCCACAACCACAAUAUGAAAAGCAAAUUAUGGAGAAAAAACCUUCCACUGACAGUGUAUUAGAGGUACAACCACAAACUAUAGACAAUGAUGCCAUCAAAAAGGAUGAAGAAGUGGCCAAAGAAGAAUAUAAACAAGAAAAUGAAGAAUUAAAGAAAACUCAAAAAGAAUUGGAAAAAACUAAAGAUUUACUUGAGAAAAAAGUAGAAGAACUUAAGGAAGAAUUGGUAAAACAAAAUCAAGAAACACAAAAUUUGGUUGUGGAGAAAUUAGGUGAAGUGGUGGAAAAAUUUGAGGCUAUAGAACGUAAAGUUCAACUGAAAAAGGUAGAAGAUGUACCAGCAUCUAAAAAAGAAGUAAAUGCUAUAAAGGAACAAAAUGAAAUAGUAAAAGAUCCAUCAAUAGCUGUUAAUAACAGCAAUAAUGCUAAACCUCUAAAAGGUUCUUUAAUAUCCAUUUUAACUGAGAACAGAACUUUAAAUAAUAAACCAGUUGUAGCUCCGGAAAAUGUCUAUGAACCUUUGUCCUAUAAAACGGGUGAAUUAAUGGAACGUGUACAUAAUGCAACUUUACCAGAGAAACGCUUGCCUCUUCCUUUGGUUCUGCUUAUAAAUGCAUCACAAGCUAAAAUGAAUGAAACGCUGUACCCAAAACCACAAUUAUCCUUAACACAAGUCAUGGACAAUGCAAAUAAAACACAAGUUAAUAUUGUACCUCUAACAAAUAAUACCGUGAACAAUGAUCCCGAGAAAAUAAAUGUUGAAGCUAUAAGACGUGAAAUUUUACAAUUAAAAUCAAAUCCCAAUGAAAUAACUACCACCAUGCCAACAGAUGAGCAAAAUUUACCCAGUCAUAGAAAUAAACGUUCCUAUCAGACAUUAGAAGUUGAAAAUGGCAAUUGUCUUACAGAACCAAAAGCUAACAAACUACUGGAGCCUGGAUUAAGUUCAGGUUUAGAAAUGAAAAUUGGCCGUGAUUUAAAAUCCAUUAAGGAUGAAGAAUAGAGUGGAGAACUGAAAUUAAAUAAAAUUAAACAUUCUAACUAUAAACCACCAUUUUCAAGGACUAAAAAUUAUUAAAUAAUUUUAAACUACAUAUAAACGAAAAACUGUAUAUUUUUCUCGCAUUUAGUAGUAGCCAGAAGAUGUAGUUCUAAAGUAGUAGUUUAAUAAAUAUUAUUAUUGUUAAACAGAUAAUAAAAAUAAUCUAUUAAUACUAAUUUAAGUUUGUUUAAUGAAUUUAAAAUGUAAUGAAUCCGUACCUUUAUAAUAUUUUAUAAG